UGUUAACGUGUAGUAGUCAGACGAUAAGCAGGUAUUAUUUUCCUGAACCUAUUGCGACACGACGCGGAAUUUAGGCUUCGAAAGUCAAGGGGUCAUCAUGGGGUCAUGGAUGCUGGUUUGGAUUCUGUGUAGCACAGUCACUCAGAUGCCUGUGUGUCUUCAUGGAACAAUAUCAGUCCGCUUUAAGACUGGACGGCCUCUCUAUGUGGCACUCGGCCAAACUCUUGUUUUGGAAGCCGUAUUCAAGAAGGAUCCAGACGACAAGAUAGACAUGGUGACGUGGGACCGCGAGAGAGGAAGGGACAAUGUCAGACUGUCACAUGGAAACAGAAUAUCUUUGGAGAAAGGAGAUGCACUUCUGCGGGUCACUGAUGUUGCAGAAGGGGACUUCGCGAUCUACAAGGUCACCGUUACAGACAGUAACGGAUACCAGCAGCAAGACUCCAUAGAAGUACGAAAGAUAGUGGAACCUCCAAAGGCGUCAAUUACACGUGUGCUGGAGUGUGUUGUGGAUAAUCAUGGCGUGACGCAGUGGGACAGCCCUCAGUUUUCAUGGCUGGUUGAUGGCGUUACAGUAACUAAUCAAUCCGCCCUGUUAGCAGACGGCAGUAGACUAGAUAUCUCUGAGGUUAAGGGUGUUAACUACACCUGCAUCAUCAAGAGCAGCCUGGGGACACUCACAACGCAUUAUGAAAUACCAAAAGAAUCUCAGCCCUGUUGUGCGGGACUGAUUGCAGUUGGAGUUGUAACCGCAAUAGCACUUGUGGCCGGAUCAAUUUUCCUGAAGAUGCACAGAAAACCCCAUAUACCUGCUCCCUACUAAGUCCACAUAGAUGAUUUUAUUAUAUUUAUUUACAUGUUAAUAUACCUGUAAACAUUUGUGUUUAUUCUACUC